CCCGCCCCGCAGCCGCCGCGCCGCGCCGCGCCGCCGGCCCCAAAUGGAUUAUCUGCGCCUGGUGCUCUCCUGCCUCGUCCCCCUGCACGGCUGCCUGGCCGCCGGCGGCGCCCCAGAGCUCCUGCUGUCCGGCAAGCUCAGCGAAUAUGGUGUGAUCGUGCCCUUCAGCGCCGAUUGCCGCGGCCGCUUCCUCUCGCACGUGGUGUCCGGCUCGGCCGUGGCGGCGGGCCGCGGCGACGACGACGGCGACGACGACGGCGGCUGCCCCCGGCCCCCGCGCGCCGCCCGCCACCGGGUCGCCCGCAGCACCGCCCGGGAGCCGCCCCACCGCUUGCUUUACUUCAACGUCACCGUCUUCGGCGAGGAGCUGCAUCUGCGCGUGAGGCCCAACCGGCGCCUGGUGCCGCCCGGCGCCGUGGCCGAGUGGCAGGAGGACUUUGCGGUGCCCUUCCGGGAGCCCCUGCGCCGGCGCUGCGUCUUCACGGGCGGCAUCUCCGGCAUGCCCAACGCCGCCGUGGCCAUCAGCAACUGCGACGGGCUGGCGGGCCUGAUCCGGACGGACAGCAACGAGUUUUUCAUCGAGCCCCUGGAGAGGGGGCAGCAGGAGGAGGAGGCGCACGGCAGGGCCCACGUGGUGUACCGCAGGUCAGCCAUCCGCCGGGACGGCGCGCAGCCCCCCGAGGACCUCCCUCCCGAAGCGCCCCGCGUCCGGGUGGGAGAGCUGCCGAACUCGCUGGAGCUGGUGGAGGAGCAGCUCGGCGACGCGGAGCGGAAGCGGCGCCACGCCAAGAAGGACGACUACAACAUCGAGGUCCUGCUGGCGGUGGACGACUCGGUCGUGCGCUUCCACGGGAAGGAGCACGUCCAGAACUACGUCCUCACCCUCAUGAACAUAGUGGAUGAGAUUUAUCACGACGAGUCCCUGGGCGUCCACAUUAACAUCGUCCUGGUCCGGAUGAUCAUGGUGGGGUACCGCCAGUCGGUCAGCCUGAUCGAGCGAGGGAACCCGUCGCGGAGCUUGGAGCAGGUCUGUCGCUGGGCUCAUUCCCAGCAGCGCUCCGACCCGGAGCACGCCGAGUACCACGACCACGCGGUGUUCCUCACCAGGCAAGACUUUGGUCCCGCAGGUAUGCAAGGUUACGCACCGGUGACGGGAAUGUGCCACCCUCUCCGCAGCUGUACCCUCAACCACGAAGAUGGCUUCUCCUCGGCUUUUGUUGUCGCCCACGAGACCGGCCACGUGUUGGGUAUGGAGCACGACGGCCAGGGCAACCGCUGCGCGGACGAGACCAGCAUGGGGAGCAUCAUGGCACCGCUGGUGCAGGCUGCCUUCCACCGCUACCACUGGUCCCGCUGCAGCAAGCAGGAGCUGAACCGCUACAUACACUCCUACGACUGCCUGCUGGACGAUCCCUUUGAGCACCAGUGGCCCAAGUUACCCGAGCUCCCAGGGAUUAAUUACUCCAUGGACGAGCAGUGCCGCUUCGAUUUCGGCGUGGGUUACAAAACGUGCACAGCAUUCCGGACCUUCGACCCCUGCAAGCAGCUGUGGUGCAGCCACCCGGACAACCCCUACUUCUGCAAGACCAAGAAGGGGCCCCCGCUGGAUGGGACCGAGUGCUCGUCGGGCAAGUGGUGCUUCAAGGGUCACUGCAUCUGGAAGACCUCGGAGCAGCCUUACAGCCAGGACGGCAGCUGGAGCUCCUGGUCCAAGUUCGGCUCGUGCUCCCGGACCUGCGGCGGAGGCGUACGCUCUCGCAGCAGGAGCUGCAGCAACCCGCCUCCGGCGUAUGGCGGGCGCCACUGCCCGGGAGCCACCUACGAGUACCAGGUGUGCAGCCCCGAAGAGUGCCCGGGGCCCUACGAGGACUUCCGCGCCCAGCAGUGCUCCAAGCGCAACUCGUACUACACCCACCAGGGCGCCAAGCACUCCUGGCUUCCCUACGAGCAUCACGACGACGCCCAGAAGUGUGAGCUGAUCUGCCAGUCCGAGGGCACGGGGGACGUGGUGUUCAUGAAUCAGGUGGUUCACGACGGCACCAGGUGCAGCUACAGAGACCUGUACAGCGUCUGCGUCCGGGGCGAGUGCGUGCACGUCGGCUGCGACAAGGAGGUCGGCUCGCUGAAGCAGGACGACAAGUGCGGCGUGUGCGGCGGGGACAACUCUCACUGCCGGACGGUGAAGGGCACGUUGGCCAAGACCCCGAAGCAGCUGGUGGGUGUUUUGAAGAUGUUUGAGAUUCCCGCUGGGGCCAGGCAUGUCCAGAUAGAAGAGAUGGAGGCAGCGUCCCACAGCAUCGCUGUUAAGAAUCAAGCCACGGGGGACUUCAUCCUUAACGCCAAGGGCAAAGAAGCCAAAAGCAAAGUGUUCAUUGGGAUGGGCUUGGAGUGGGAAUACACCGUUGAAAAUGGCAAGGAGAGCUUGAAAACCAGCGGCCCUCUGCACGAAGCCAUCAGCGUUUUGGUGGUCCCUCAGGAGGAGGAGGCGAAGAGCAGCCUCAUGUACAGGUACAUCAUCCACGAGGACCUGCUGCCGAUGAUUGGGAACAACAACGUCCUGCUCGAGGAGAUGGACUCCUAUGAGUGGGCUCUCAAGAGCUGGUCUCAGUGCUCGAAGGCGUGCGGAGGAGGCAUCCAGUACACCAAGUACGGCUGUCGGAGGAAGAGCGACAACCGGAUGGUGCACAGGAACUUCUGCGACAACGGCAAGAAGCCGAAGCCCAUCCGGCGGCGGUGUAACCUGCAGGAGUGCUCCCAGCCGGCCUGGGUGGCCGAGGAGUGGGGCGCGUGCAGCAAGUCCUGCGGCAAGCUGGGGGUGCAGGCGCGGGCGGUGCAGUGCGUGCAGCGCCUGCACAACGGCACCGACCGCCCCGUGCACGCCAAGUACUGCGGCGGCGAGCGCCCCGAGACCCGCCGGCCCUGCGGCCGCCUGCCCUGCCCGGCCCAGUGGCGGACGGGCGCCUGGUCGCAGUGCUCGGCGAGCUGCGGCGACGGCAUCCGGCAGCGGCAGGUCGUGUGCAAGGGCAGCGACGGCGGCGGCGCCGCGCGGUGCGAGGGCGAGAAGCCGGAGGCCGUCCAGGCCUGCCACGCGGCCGGAUGCCCAGGGAAGCUCUCCAGCAUCACGGCCAACGCCGACACCAGCGACCACGUGACGCCCAAAGUGCAGUGGGUGCCCCGGGAUGGGCCCCAAAAUCCCGUUAACAAGAUCUCCUCGAAGGAGCCCUGCCUCGGGGACAAGUCCAUCUUCUGCCAGAUGGAAGUCCUGGCCCGCUACUGCUCCAUCCCCGGCUACAACAAGCUCUGCUGCGAAUCCUGCGGCAAGAAAGCCGCCACCACCAGCUCGCCCGCCGGCACGGAGCCGAGCGUCCCCGGGGGAACGGCCUCCCCCAGCCCCGCUCCGCCGCUCGCCUUCCCCGCCACGGCCCGGGCCCCCGCGCGGAGGCUCCCAGGUGCCACCGGCUCCCCGGGACCUCGGGCCACCGCCGCGGACACGUCCCUGCUGCCGCCGCAGAGCCGGCGGGCGGGUGCCGAGCAGCCCGGCACCGCGCUCAGGACCACCGCGCCGCCGGCCACAUGAAGCCGCCUGCCACCCGCGUCCUCCCUUGCUCCCUCUCUCUCUCUCCUAUUUUAUUUUAUUAUUAUUUUUUUUCCUCCCCCCUUUUCUCCCAGCGAUGGUUUUCGUGCUGCCGCGUUUCCCAGCUGCCUUUUGGAAAACCGUGAUUUUUGGAAACGAACCGCCUCGCCCUGAAAUUUCCCAGGAAAAUGGCUUUCUUGUGAUUUUUUUUUUUUUUCCUUCCCCCUCCCAGCUGUGACACUUUUUUGUUUGUCUGUUCUUGGACAGCGCCGUGGAAAAAGGCCAAAAGGAACAAAAAGCGACAGUUCGCUUGGCUGCGAGCAACGCGCCGGCGGGGGCCGGGGCGCACGGCUGGUGGGGACAGGGCUCUUACCUCAGCGGGUGGCUCGGACCGACGGGUCAUUUUUUUUUCCCCAAGGUGCUAUGCAGGGUGGUGGGGGUCAUUGCUGCCCUUUCCGCACCCCGCCACCCCCAAGCGAUAACGCAAAACGCAACGGGAAGGAUCUCGGCCCGGUGGUGGGUUGUGCCGUGCUGCGGCAGCCGGGGCUUCCCCGGAGAUGUUCACCUUGGAUAUCGUUUUCUGGAUGCGUCGUGCGGUGCAGCAAGGCAUCUUUGGCCGAGGGCCUCCAGGGCUCCUUCUGGGCACCUCGGUGAGAUGGUCCCUGGCUCGAGGAAGCUGCUCACAGAGGUCGGUGGUGGUGGAGGAGGUGGCCGUCAUCUCCAUGGGGCUCCAGGGUCCUUGCCCCUCUCCAGCUCACAGACCUCUCUCCUGAGACUUAUGUGAGGACCAGCUGUAGCAUGAGCACUAAGGACACGAUCGAAGGCCACCAAUGCAUUUUAAAAAUGCCUGUCACGCAGCCGUGGCUCUUUAGCCCAUCCUGCCCUUGUUCGGCUUUGAGCUAGUGUCACAUUGCAGCGUCCCCGGUCGCAUGACCCUGUUGCCAUACUCAUGGUUUGACCCGUUUGGCGAAGGAAGCAGAGGGUGGCUUCAGCGUGAUGGGGCCCCGCUGUUUUAACUCCCUGGGGCUCCGAGUGAGCAGCGAGGGAGCACCGAGGGAUUCGGGUGGUGUGGGGGUCUGCUCCGGCGGGGGCUGCCUCGUGCACCGCGCGGGGCUCUCCUCGGCCCCGGGCGCUCUGCCGCCGUUUGCAACCCCCUGCCUGUGCCCCGGCGACGAGUUACUUCUGCUUGCCCUCCGGCGGGUAGCUGAGCGUGAGCUGUAAAUGUGCAUUUAAGGGAAUAGAUCAAGCCAGGCUGGUUAAGCUGUUCGGUUUUGGCUAAAGAAAAGCAGCAGGGAUGGAUUUUGCAAGCAGUUGCAAAGAAAGGAGAGAGGAGGGCUGGUCUGGGACGGCCAGGACAAGCAGCUCUCCCUGCUCUUGCACGGGAAGGGUAAAGCCAUUAAAUGCGUUGUGCCAAGCAGCGUGUAUUUGCACAGCCCUUCAGAAGGGCCCCAUCCAGUUGGAUUUCCUUGGUGUCAGGACGCCCUGCAUGGGGCGGGCAGGCUUGGGUACCAUCUGAGACAGGGUCUGAGGGCUCGGUGCGUGGACGGAGAGCCGUGGUGGGUCACGGCUGCCGCGUGCGGUGGUGGUGGUGGUGCUCCAGGGCUGCCUGGUGCGGUGGCCCGGGCUUUGGUGCUCCGCAGGAUUUUGGGGCACGCUGCUGUUGGAGACGGAUGCUCCUCGGCGUUGGUAGUACUUGCAUGGUGUCCAGGCUCGGUGGGGUGGCAUCUGAGGCUGGGGCAUCUUGGAGGAGCUAAAGCACGUGCUAGCUCCCGGCAUCCUCUCCUGCUCCAGCGUGGCUCGAGACGGGGAGGCAGGCUGAGGAUGCUCCAUCCUUCAUGUUAAUGGAUGGACACUGCCAUGCCUUGGUGGCAUUUUAAACACCGGGCUGGUGCCACCCUCUCUGCCACACUCCCCUCUGUGAUCAGUGGUCGAUGAUGUGGUCGAUGGUCAACGACGUGCCAAGGGCUCGAGGGUCACCCAGAGGGCGGCCGGGAGGACUCGUACAAAACGCGGUGGCGGGGUGCCUGCGCCCGAGGCCAACCGCGAGCCCAGCACGGGCUGCACCGAGGUGCUGCAGAUGUCCCCAGGGCAACGGCGUGGGAUUUAUUUAUUGUACCAAAGAUCCGUGCUGCAGCUGGGCCACCAUGCAGGGAGCCACCUUCCUCGCACGCAGCGUGGACCUCCUGCCCCUUCUGCAGCCCCGGGGCGGCUCGCCGCAGGGCUGAGGUGGCUGAGCUUUGCCCCUCUUGCAGCAAGGCGUCAGCUGCCCCGUGGCAGUGCCUUGGGGGGAGGCACCAAAUACACCCCAAACCUCCCCAAACGAAGGGGCUGCAAUGUCUCCGGGCAGCUGGGGCCGGGGGGCACAUCCAGUCAUUCCUGUGAUGUCACCUUGUCCCGUGUUACGGUGUAUAAAGUUUUGUACAUACGAGAUUCAGAGCUUUUUAAUUUUUAAUAUUUAUUAAUUUUUUGUUGGGUUCUUUUUUUUUUUUGAACUCUAACAAUGUAAAAAAAAAAAAAAACAAAUAAAAUCCACACCAAAUUCUU